AUGAGUCACCUUAAGAUCCAGUCUCUCCGCGCGGUGGUGAAAAUGCUUCUGGAGUCUCCCGGAUUUGAUCGGGUGCUGAAUAAGGUAAGAGCAGGAGGGGAUUUGCUGAGGUUCCCUACCCUGUGUGUGUAAUGUGUUACUGACUUUCCAGGGUCACCUUGAAUAGGGCAGCAAAGUUGUGCAGGGAGUGAACACUCUGGGCCUAUUGGCGCUUGAAAAAACGUAGGUUUACAAUUUUUGAAUGUAAGAGUAUUUAUUUUAUUUGUUGUUGUUACAAAAAAGCAAUAAAAAGUAUUUGGAAAAAAGAAAAAACGUAGGUUUACAGUGUUCCUGAGAGAGAUCCUCAGUAAUACUGCUUUAGUUUGCAAACUACCUUCUCUACCUUCUCUACCUUCUCUACUUAUAUACUGGGGGGCGGGGUUAUGUGGUGGCUUCCCAAUGAUCUUACUUCACUCUGUUCAGAGAAGCUCUGUGACUAUUGGGUGUGUCCUAACUAGAUUGUUUACAUAGAAAUUGCACUGGUUUAAAGGUCACCUGGUCCUAAACAAGGGCGUCUCAAGGGGGGGUGGUCUGCCCCAGGUGUCAUGCCUAGGGGGGCUGACAAAAUCCCCCCUCCCGGGUGGAUUGAUGUGGCGGCGCUUGCACGCCCGGUGGGCAGGCAGAUUUCUGCGAUUGACGCGAUCGUCGUCAUGAAAAUCCGCCCUCUGAUUGCGCAAAUACACCCAAUAAUCAGCCUGACACACACACACACACACCCCGACGGGUGGCGCUUGCAUCCCUGGCAGUUUAAUGCAAUUGGCAGUCGGAUUUUCGCAGGGGUGCCAGUGCCGCCCACCGAUCACAGAAAUCCGACCACCGACUGCGCAAAUACGCCCCGCGGUGCUGACACGGUUUUAUGUGAUCGUUGGUCGGAUUUGCGCAACUCUGGGCCACCUUCCUAAAAUUGCAAUGUGGGGGGGGGGGUGACAAAAAAAAUUUCACACCAGGUACCACCUGACCUUGCUAUGCCUCUGGUCCUAAAUGCCCCAGCUGGUUUCAGCCAAUCAAAUUGCUUAUUGUGGAAAUUAAAAAUAAGCACUAUUUGUAACAUAUGCUUACUGAAACUUGAAAUUUCCUUUUUGAAAAAGGGAAGAAAUAAUUGGAAGAGGUUUGAAAGCACAUUUAAUGCAUAUGACCUCCCCACAGAAUCCUGGGCAAAGUAGUUUAAGGGAGCUGGGAAGCGUAGUGGUAAACUGCAGCUCCCAUGAUUCUUUAGGGCAGGUCAUGUGCUUUAGGUUUCUGGUGUGUAGGAAGAUUGAGCAAGUUCAGUGGGUCCAGAAUGUUGGCUGAUCUUUGGAUUGGGUGAAAAACAGCAGAAAAACAUUGAGGAGGGAAAUAGAAUGGAGUAUGCUUGAAAAGGGCACCACUGAAUGGUUGGUACCCUGAGGGAAAAAACGGCACACUUCAACCUUAUUUUGUUGCUGGUUUCACUUGUUUUCUCCUACUGUUUGCUGUUUUGGAGACCAAAAGGCAACAUACGUGCAUUUUAGAUUUUAAAAAGCAAGCAUUUAAUUUCAGUUUAGUAUCCUGUAGAAAACCUACUGAAGCUUAAUGGAAUGGGACUUUUCUUCUCUCACCCACUCUGCUCCCAGAUGACAGUUCUUUCUGCCAGUCCUGGAAAAGUUGUCUGUGAAAUGAAAGUGGAAGAGGAGCACACAAACCGAGGCGGGAUUCUUCAUGGAGGAUUGACAGCAACUCUGGUAGAUGUUGUGUCAACCGCUGCUUUGUUGCACACCGAAAGAGCAGCACCUGGAGUCAGUGUGGAUAUGAAUAUUACGUACGUAUGACAAAAUCCGAGAUUUAUUUCAGUGCCCGCUUUCGUUUAAUUGGGCCUUGACUCUGCAACUUACGUGGCUUAUAUUACUGUAUUUUUCGCUCCAUAGGGCGCACAUAGUUUUUAGGAGGAGAAAUAAAGAACCCCCCCCCCCAGCCCCAAACAGCAAAGAAGCCAAGACAGCGAGCGGGAUCCAUCCCGCUCGCUGUCUUGGCUUCCUCUUUAGCCGCGUGCAACCUCUCCUGCUGGGAGAGGCUGCGCACGGCUUUGGCAGAAGCCAAGACAGCCAGCGGGAUGGAUCCCGCUCGCUGUCUUGGCUUUGUUUUUAGCCGCGGGGCUAGGGCGGGGGAAGCCUGAGCUUCCCCCGACCCCAGCCUCCAGAACAGGUCCGGGAGCGGCGGCAAGGUUGCGUGCAGCCUUGCUGCCGCUCCCGGAGCUUGUGGGGCUGGGGGCGUGCUCCGAAGGUUUGCGGAUUGCUGCCUGAAGCCCGGGGAGCGCAGCGGGAGUUGGCGCUGCACUCCCCGGGCUGCAGGCUGCUAUCCGCAAGCCUUCGGAGCGCAGCGGGAACUCCUGCUGUGCUCCGAAGGCUUGCGGAUAGCUGCCUGAAGCUUGGUGAGCGAGAGGGGUCGGUGCGCACCGUCCCCUCUCGCUCUCCAGGCUUCAGCGAAAGCCUGCAUUCGCUCCAUAGGACGCACACACAUUUCCCCUUCAUUUUUGGAGGGGAAAAAGUGCGUCCUAUAGAGCAAAAAAUAUGGUAGUUAAAAGUAGAGGGGUGGGUUAUCAGAUAAGUUUUGAACCUCACAGGGUGGUUGUGAGGAUAAAAUGAGGGAAGCAAACCCUAUAUGCUGUCUUGAGCUCCUUGAAGGAGAGAUGAACCAUAAAUGUAAGGAUUCUUUCUCUCUCCCCACCCCCUUUCCAAAUUCAAGCUACAUGUCAGCAGCUAAGAUGGGAGACGAAAUCCAGAUCACUGCGGAGAUUCUGAAGCAAGGAAGAACACUGGCCUUUGCCAAUGUGGACUUAAGAAACAAGGCGACAGGGAAAUUGAUAGCCCAAGGGAGGCAUACCAAAUACCUGGGAUAG